AGCGGGGCGGGAUGUACAUUCAAUGACGUUUCCACUUUCCAACUUUCCACUCAACUCCCAUUUUUGACAUGGCGUAGGGAAGAGGCAACGCAGCGGGCAGGCAUUGUAGCGGGAAAACCGUGAUCAGUUGAUAAAGUAGAGGAAUUUCUACGUUUUUAUUUCAGUAGGUUGAUAUACAUUUGCAAGUUGUAACUAAGAGUCAAGCAGAGUUUAGGGUGCCCACUAAGUGUUGAAGAUGAUGUCUGAUGCCAGUGACAUGUUGGCAGCAGCUUUGGAGCAGAUGGAUGGGAUAAUAGCAGGCUCCAAGUCCAUGGACUACUCCAACAGCCUGUUUGACUGCCAGUCACCAACCUCUCCCUUCUUGGGAAGCCUGCGGGCACUGCACCUGCUGGAGGACCUCCGGGGCGUGCUGGAGCUGAUGGACAUGGAGGAGAGGGAGGGCCUUCGCUGCCAGAUCCCUGAUGCCACCGCAGACAGCCUGGUGGACUGGCUGCAGCAGGGACACCUGAUGUCCAAUGGCCACCACAUUUCCAUGGGUGGUGACCUCUACCAGGAGAGACUGUCUCGACUGGAGGGUGACAAGGAAUCCCUGGUGCUUCAGGUGAGUGUGUUGACAGACCAGGUGGAGGCGCAGGGGGAGAAGAUAAGGGACUUGGAAAUGUGUCUGGAUGAACACCGGGAGAAACUGAACGCCACUGAGGAGAUGCUACAACAGGAGCUCCUGUGCAGAACGACUCUAGAGACUCAGAAACUGGACCUAAUGGCUGAGGUGUCCAACUUGAAACUGAAGCUGAACUCAUUUGAGAAGGACAUACUGCACUUUGACUUCAGGGACAGUGAGGACAUGGGUCUGGAGAUUAAUGAGCUGAGGUACAAAGUGACUGAGAUGGAGAGUGAAAGACUACAGUAUGAGAAGAAACUGAAAUCCACUAAGUCGCUAAUGGCCAAGCUUUCUAGCCUGAAAAUCAAAGUGGGCCAGAUGCAGUAUGAGAAACAGAGGAACGAGCACAAACUGCAGGCACUGAAGGAGGAGCUGGUGACGCUGAGGAGGCAGCUGGAGGGAAGGGACAGAGAGGUGAGGAGGUUACAUGGCGAGACUGGGUUCAGGACCAACACCCCGGGUGGCAUGGACUGUGGAGACAGAGUCUCUCACCCAGAUGAAACUCUUAAAAAGAGGCUGAAAGAGAAACAUGUGGAAGUGCAGAGAAUGAAAAAAGCGGUGGAGUCACUGAUGGCAGCUAAUGAGGAGAAGGAUCGUAAGAUUGAGGAGCUGAGGCAGUCGCUGCAGCGCUACAAGAAGGUCCAGGACAUGGUGAUGUCAGUGCAAGAGAAGAAAGACAAAACCAAAGAUGGUGAGAGUGAUGAGAGUAACAGCGACAACUUCCUCUCUGUGAUGUCAACGACAACCACCCCGGUUGCCCUGGAGUCGGAGAGGCACGCGCUAGCUGGAGUCGAGGAAGUAGGAGUGAAGAGCCCAGACGAGCUGGAGACGCACUAUGGAGCUACUGAAGUGCCUUCGGCAACAACCCGCCCUACAGUCCAGUCAGCCUGCGCUCUGAGCGUGCCAGAGCUUAACCAAGCUGAACCUGAGAGGUCCCUGCGUGUCCCAAAGUCAGCGAGUCAGGAAAACUUGUAUGUCAGCAACAGUGAAAAGAUUACAUUGGUGAUUGACGAAAAGCCAACAGAGAAUAAGGCUGUGGAGGACAUCGGUAAGAUCAGCGAGCGCCCGCCCAGGUCUCCCUCUUCAUCUCGCCCAGAGGACGACAGCUUCGGUACCAAGAAGGCUCGCUCCUCCUUUGGCCGAGGCUUCUUCAAGAUCAAGGGGGGCAAGAGGACAGCCAGCACCCCUAACCUGGCUGAGACCGUGCGAGAGGGGGGCACUGACCAUCUGGACCUGGCCGGGCUACCCCAGAGGUCAGCCAUCAGUGACAGCACCAACACACUGACCAGUGUGACCUCCACUACCUCUCCCGAGGGCAAGAAGAAGUCCAGGGGAAUCAAGGCACUCUUUGGAAAGCUGAGGAGAAGUCAGUCCACCACAUUCAACCUGGAUGACAACCUAUCAGAGCCGGUCGAGUUCAAGAGAGGCGGAGUCCGGGCCACAGCAGGACCCAGGCUGGGAUGGUCCCGGGACCUACAGCAAUCACCCAACACUGACCUGGACACCCCGUUUGCCCACUGGUCCAAGGAGCAGGUGUGUGACUGGCUGCAGGAGCAGGGACUGGGGCUCUACCUGAACAUGGCCCACGUGUGGAUCUCUUCUGGACAGACUCUGCUGCAGGCCUCACAGCAGGAUCUAGAGAGGGAGCUGGGCAUCAAACACUCUCUGCACAGGAAGAAGCUCCAACUGGCCCUGCAGGCUCUGGGCUCUGAGGAGGAUGACAAUAAGGGCAAACUGGACUACAACUGGGUGACCAGAUGGCUGGAUGACAUUGGCCUGCCUCAGUAUAAGACUCAGUUCGAUGAAGGGAGGGUGGACGGCCGCAUGCUGCACUAUAUGACAGUAGAUGACCUGUUGUCUCUGAAGGUGGGCAGUGUGCUCCACCACCUCAGCAUCAAAAGAGCCAUCCAGGUGCUACGCCUCAACAACUACGAGCCCAACUGCCUGCGCCGACGGCCCUCCGAUGAGAACAAUAUCACACCAGCAGAGAUCUCCCAGUGGACCAAUCACAGAGUAAUGGAGUGGCUGAGAUCAGUAGACCUGGCGGAGUACGCCCCCAACCUGAGGGGCAGCGGCGUGCAUGGGGGACUCAUGGUGCUGGAGCCUCGGUUCAAUGUGGAGACCAUGGCCCUGCUGCUGAACAUUCCCCCCAACAAGACCCUGCUGCGGAGGCACCUGGCCACCCACUUCAACCUGCUGGUGGGAUCUGAGGCCCAGGGGCUCAAACAGGAUUAUCUAGAGAACCCCGACUACACCCUGCUUACAGCCACCGCCAAGGUCAAGCUGAGGAAGAUGACAUUUGGGAGCUUUGGCAGCCUGAGAAAGAAGAGGCAGGACGAGAGUGAGGAGUAUGUCUGCCCCAUGGACGUGGAGAUGCCAAAGGGACGUAGCUUCCAAAAAGGCUAUGAGCUCUACGAGGACGAUAUGGACCGGCUAGAACAGAUGGAGGACUCCGAGGGAACUGUGAGGCAGAUUGGAGCCUUCUCUGAGGGCAUCCAAAACUUGACGAGCAUGCUGAAAGAUGAUGAAUUCUUCAAAGAGAUCUCCAACUCUCCCAACCCCAGCGUAACAGAUGACGAUUCCAACGUUUGAGGCCAGCGCCAUGGGACUAGCCGACCUGGAUUGAAAUACUAUUUGGAAUCAUUUAAAAUACUUCAGCUGUGCUUGAUUGAGCUUGCCUUUUGGGAUGGAAUGCAUAAAAGUGGCACUCCAGGCAGGCUAAAGCAAACACUCAAAGUAUUCCUGAACCCAGGUGUGCCCACUAGCACACCCCGACUCCACCGUACCCUCCAACUCUCCGUACCCCCAACAUCUCUCCAUACCCCCCAACAACUUUUCGUAACUCCCAACAAGCACCAGAUCUCCUUUUAGUGUUUUUGGCAUAAAACAUUUUUAAAGAAAUUAAAAAGUCCAUGUCUGUUGUCAUGUGAACUGAUACACUGUUGUUUUUUAAGGUGCUGUCAAAGCUAAAAUACCACCUCUGCAGGAUUAACAAUUCAACUCGCCCCUGUCUACCCAAUAGCAGGUCAGUUAUCAAUCCUCAUGAAUCCCUACAGAUCUGAUGGAUCCUUCUCUGCCUUACCUCUGAGCUAGUCUACAUCAAGGGACUGUUCCUCAAGCUCAACAGUAAGGGCCUUACAGUAAAGUGGGCUAUCCCCGAAGUAGAGUGCCUACGCUCCCUCACCCUGAACCUUAUAAACCCGGCGUCUUCUCAGGAUUGUCCGGGCCAGAGUGUCAACCUCAGCACACUGAACGGGUCGCCCUCCUCUGGGUUGGCUUUUAGCCGAGAGACACCCCUUCCUACGACUCCUACCAAUGUACUCAGUACCUAUUGUUCGGGUCCCAUGUUCCUUUAUACCAGCAACUCGGGUUUCCUAUGGAAUAAUUAACCAAGUAAAUUAGCUAGAGAUCCUCAAAUAAUCAAGCAUAUUUCAUAAAACGACAUGCAGUUGUAUGACUGAUGACACAGGGUUUUAGAACAAUAAAGUGAGUUUAUUAAAAAUUCCCCAAUCAAUCACAAAUCAUUUAUAAGCAAACAUUUACUGUAAAUUAAAUUGAUAGACAACCUUCAGCACCCUUAACUAAAUCCCUGUUGGGGUGUUCCAAUAAAAUGUUUUGUCUGUUACAAUUUUAUGAGAAGCACAUUAUUUAAUAACAAGAAAAGGCUUCUACAACUCUCAACAGUUUUUUGGCUCCCCCCCACAGGAUGAUCAGUCCCUCAGAAGGCGUCUAGAAACUCUAACAGCUACUUUACCACACCUCUAUCAAUGAGGUAACCUUAAGGAUUCCUCCUAGAAUGUUACUUUAAAUUAACUGAGUAUACCUAAAAUGUAAAAGUGAUAAGUAAACAAUAUUUUUUGAUUUUAUAUAUUUUAGGCUAUAAAUCUACAGCAUUAGUGGUUAACACCUAAUGUGGCCAUCGUUCAAAAAGGUGCUUUUUCAGCCCCCUUAACUCCCACUUUUUCUCACCUAAAUUGCAUGUCAAUCCGCUUCACCCCUAAACGUUCUAACCUGGAGAUUUCCAGAUCAAUCUAACAUCCUUAAACUUUUUUUUUUUUUUCACAUUAACAUUCCCCACUUGGCACCAUAUUAAUCCCCCUCCAACUUAACUAAUUACUCCCAUUACCUCUUAAAUAUCCAAAAAUGUAAACAUUUAAUCAUUACAUUUCAACAUUAUAGCCUUCCAUUAACAAUCUCCAACAGGCCCUAAGGCCUUGUUCCUCUAAACUAAACAAACAUAGUCUAUAUGCAUCAUACCUUAAAGCAAACAUCACAUGAACUGGAUUACUUAAAUCACACGUUGUUAACCCUCUUACUAAAUGAUUCUAAUCACCCUUUAAUCACCUCUGCCACUAUACAUUUCUCCAUGCUUUCAAAAUUUAACAUUUAACCUUUAAUCAUCAAUUUAUUUAUUUUACUUAUUUUAUUUUCCUUAGUCAAUGUCAAUUCUCUCUCAAUAUUCAUUCUUCUCUCUCUCGUGUGUGUGUGUGUGUGCGUGAACGAAACUUCUUGAGUGUGGGAAAAUGUUUCUCUAAAAUGUCAGAGAACUGGGCCUUAGCCAACUACUAUUGACAGUACAAGUCCAUUUUAACUGUCCUAUUUGGAGAGGAAAUAUUUCAGAGCAAUAUGCCACCAUAAUUUGCCUACCAGCUGGAUACUGGAGACGUUUGUACUCAUUGUUUUUAUACUAGCCAUCUUUCUAUGGAAUUUAAAUAUUAAAGUGAGCCAUAUCAAUAUCUGAUAAACCCUUUUUUUACAUUAAGCUGUAAUGUAGGGCUUUUGCAAAGUCUGUCAUUUUAAAGAAUAUGUUUGGCUUUUUAACAGAGUCACUGUCAGAGGAUGAAAAACAUUGUUAUAUGCUGUGCAGUUUUGCCCAAGUUAAAUGAAUUCCCCAAGACAGCUGCUAUGGUUUACAAAGAAAACCAGACUAUUUCAGCUGCAAAUUCUUUCAGCACAUCUCGCAAUAUCCUAGACACUCCCAGUAAUGGUGUUUAUUUGCACCUAUAAUGUACAGUUCAAAGCGCAUCAUUCCUUUUUAAAGUGUCAUUGCAUGUUAUUGAAGCCUUUCUAGUUGCCAAAAUGUUGUACACCUGCUAACGGAAUAUGGAUUUCUUGUUUAUUAUAAUUUGUACUGAGAACUAUUCAUAAAUAUUGCCAGAUAGCAUAGUUAUUUUGAGAAUACCGUAGCUAGCCUGGGUGCCAGUCUGUUUCUGCUCUCUUGCCAACUCCUUUAUGGAAUUCGAUUGGCAAGAGAACAGAAAGUGACGAACUCAGGCUGUUGUAGCAUGUUGAAAGAGUUGAGCGAUAAAGCAAUGACACUGUUAUGCAACACCCUAACCACAUGAGGAUAAAGUUUACUGUGUACUGGUUGAGUUUUUACCCAUUUCUAGGGUGAAUAAAUUAAUUGAAACUC